GACUUCGCCGCCAGAUUUCCUGCUUAUAACCAUAACCAAGUAUUCCAUUGAGUCUCUUCUCGUUGGUCAAUUCCAGGCUCAAGUCUCUACUCUGAUCACGGAGAUCAAAUCGUCAAGAUGCCUUCCGUGGAUGCUCAACCCAGAACUCUUUAUGACAAGGUCUUUCAAGACCACGUUGUCAAUCGAGAAAAGGACGGCACAGUCCUUCUAUACAUCGAUAGACACUUAGUCCACGAAGUCACCUCACCGCAGGCUUUCGAAGGACUAAAGAAUGCGAACCGGAAAGUGCGUCGUCCCGACUGUACCCUCGCUACUACGGAUCACAAUGUUCCGACAACCCCGCGAAAGAACUUCAAGAAUGUUGCCGACUUUGUCAAGGAGGAGGACUCAAGAUUACAAUGUGUGACCCUCGAGGACAAUGUCAAAGACUUUGGCCUCACAUACUUUGGCCUCGGUGACAAGAACCAGGGUAUUGUCCAUGUCAUUGGCCCUGAACAGGGCUUCACCCUCCCCGGCACAACCGUCGUCUGUGGCGACAGUCAUACCUCGACUCACGGUGCCUUUGGCGCUUUGGCUUUCGGUAUUGGGACAAGCGAGGUCGAGCACGUUUUGGCCACUCAGUGCUUGAUUACUAAGAAGAGCAAGAAUAUGCGGAUACAGGUCGAUGGCAAGCUGGCUCCGGGCGUCAGCAGCAAAGACAUCAUCCUGCACGCCAUCGGUAUCAUCGGUACUGCUGGUGGCACUGGGGCUGUCAUUGAGUUCUGUGGGUCAGCCAUCCGCGGGCUGAGUAUGGAAGCCCGCAUGUCGAUAUGUAACAUGUCGAUCGAGGGCGGUGCUCGUGCUGGCAUGAUUGCACCCGAUCAGAUCACAUUUGACUACCUCAAAGGUCGACCUCUGGCCCCUAAACCAGACAGCAAUGAAUGGAAGAAGGCCACCAACUACUGGCUGAGCCUUCGCUCCGACGACGGCGCCAAGUAUGACAGCGAAGUAUUCAUUGAUGCCAAAGACAUUGCACCCACGGUCUCGUGGGGUACUUCACCUCAAGAUGUUGUCCCCAUCACUGGUGUCGUCCCAGGCCCAGAUGACUUUGAAGAUCCAAACAAAAAGGCAAGCUGCAAACGUGCCCUUGAAUACAUGGGCUUAACUGCUGGUACCAAGAUGGAGGAUAUCCAAAUCGACAAGGUUUUCAUUGGUUCCUGUACCAACUCGAGAAUGGAAGAUCUCCGUGCCGCAGCCAAGAUUGUCCAAGGCAAGAAGAUAGCAUCAAAUGUGACACGUGCAAUGGUUGUUCCAGGUUCGGGUAACAUCAAGGAACAAGCUGAGCGAGAAGGUCUCGAUAAGAUAUUCCUUGAUGCUGGGUUCGAAUGGCGAGAAGCCGGCUGCUCAAUGUGCUUGGGCAUGAACCCUGAUAUUCUGUCUCCGAGAGAACGAUGUGCAAGUACAUCGAACCGAAACUUCGAGGGACGACAAGGGGCCCUUGGCCGAACACAUCUCGUGUCCCCCGUCAUGGCCGCUGCAGCUGCCAUUGUCGGCAAGCUGGCUGAUGUGCGGAAACUGACCAACACUGCCUCAAACGAGAAGGCAUCACCGAAGCUCGACGUGACUGCUGCUUUUGCAGAUGUCGACUCCGAAGAGGAACUCGAUAGAAUCAUGGACAUCCCAACUGACCAAAACACGACCCCGUCCAACCACACCGGCACUGCAGCCAAGUCAAGUUCGACUGGUCUGCCAAAAUUCACCGUUCUCCGGGGCAUCGCCGCACCACUUGAAAAGUCCAACGUCGAUACCGAUGCCAUCAUCCCCAAACAGUUCCUCAAGACCAUCAAGCGUACCGGUCUCGGAGCCGCACUAUUCCAUCCUCUUCGCUAUAACGAAGACGGCAGCGAGAACGAAUCAUUUAUCCUCAACCAAGAGCCCUACCGGAAAUCCAAGAUCCUUGUGGUGACUGGUCCAAACUUUGGCUGUGGAAGCUCUCGAGAACACGCGCCAUGGGCGCUUCUGGACUUUGGCAUCAAGUGCGUGAUCGCACCCAGCUAUGCUGACAUCUUCUUCAACAACACAUUCAAGAACGGCAUGUUGCCUCUCGUCAUCUCAGAUCAGGCCAAGCUCGAAACAAUCGCUGCGGAAGCAAAGGCCGGUCGCGAGAUUGAGGUGGACCUGCCGAACCAGGUUGUUCGAGAUGCCGAUGGCAAAGAGCUUGCCUCUUUUGAGGUUGAAGAGUUCCGCAAGCACUGCUUGGUGGAGGGACUCGACGACAUCGGACUCACCAUGCAAUUGGAUGACAAGAUUGCCAGUUUUGAGCAAAAGAGGACUCUGGACACCCCUUGGUUGGACGGAAGUGGCUACCUCAAGAAGUGGAGGAAAGGACCCGUCAAGGUCGAUGCGGUCCCUGUGCCCAAGACCAACCGGGGUGAGGUCAAGACGGACCCUGUAGAAUGGUGAUGAUAGCUGGCUGGUGUCUGGAUGAAUGAUGGCAUCUAUCUUUGUAAUUGAAUGCUUGUCUCGGACGUAAUGCUCGGCGAUUCAAAGGGCUUUCAGGAAGAAUGUCCCUAGCAGCACAUGACAGGAAAAGUACGUAGGUAGCCUUGACAAUCGGAAAAACUUGUAUAUUUAAUCAGUAUUUCAUGAAUGCUAUGGAA